GCAUUCUGUAAAAAAAAUAAAAAAUAAAAAAUAAACAAGAACCAUAGAAAAUGAUACCAUGUUGUUGCUCCCUAAUUCCAUCGCCGGCUUCCAUAUCCAAGUUCAUCUCAGACCAACCUUACCUCUCCAUGCUGGACAAAAAUUGCACUUCAAUGAAAGACCUUCAAAAAAUCCAUGCCCAACUCAUAAAAACUGGCCUAGCGAAAGACCCCAUUGCUGCUAGCCGUGUUUUGGCCUUCUGUACCUCUCCUGCAGGUGACAUCAACUAUGCCUACUUAGUCUUCACACAAAUACGACAGCCAAACCUUUUUGUAUGGAACACUAUCAUCAGAGGCUUCUCUCAAAGCUCAACUCCACACUAUGCAAUCUCUUUAUUUAUUGACAUGAUGUUCACUUCACCAACUACUCAACCUCAAAGGCUGACUUAUCCUUCAGUUUUCAAGGCUUAUGCUCAACUUGGUCUAGCCCACGAAGGUGCUCAGCUUCAUGGCAGAGUGAUAAAACUGGGACUUGAAAAUGAUCAGUUUAUACAAAAUACAAUCUUGAAUAUGUACGUAAAUUGUGGGUUUCUGGGUGAAGCUCAGAGAAUUUUUGAUGGAGCUACGGGAUUUGAUGUUGUUACGUGGAAUACGAUGAUUAUAGGACUUGCCAAAUGUGGAGAGAUUGAUAAGUCUAGGAGCUUGUUUGAUAAGAUGUUGUUGAGGAAUACAGUGUCAUGGAAUUCUAUGAUUAGUGGGUAUGUGAGGAAAGGCAGGUUCUUUGAGGCAAUGGAGCUCUUUAGCAGAAUGCAAGAGGAAGGGAUUAAGCCUUGUGAAUUUACAAUGGUGAGCUUGUUAAAUGCUUGUGCUUGCUUAGGAGCACUGAGACAGGGAGAAUGGAUUCAUGAUUAUAUAGUGAAGAAGAAUUUUGCAUUGAACUCUAUUGUUAUUACAGCCAUUAUAGACAUGUAUUCCAAGUGUGGAAGCAUAGAUAAGGCUCUUCAAGUGUUCAAGAGUGCCCCCAAGAAAGGAUUAUCUUGCUGGAACUCCCUAAUUUUAGGCCUAGCUAUGAGUGGCCGUGGGGAUGAAGCAGUCCGAUUAUUUUCAAUGCUCGAGUCUUCAAAUCUCAAACCGGAUCAUGUUAGUUUUAUAGGAGUCCUGACAGCUUGUAGUCACGCUGGGAUGGUCGACAGGGCAAAGGACUAUUUCUUGUUAAUGUCAGAAACAUACAAGAUUGAGCCAUCGAUAAAACAUUAUAGCUGCAUGGUUGAUGUUCUAGGCAGAGCAGGACUCCUUGAAGAGGCAGAAGAGCUAAUCAGAAGCAUGCCAGUAAACCCAGAUGCCAUUAUAUGGGGGUCUUUACUCUCCUCUUGCAGGGAGUACGGAAACAUUGAGAUGGCAAAACUAGCGGCGAAGCGUGUGAAUGAGUUGGAUCCAAAUGAGAGCUCAAGUUUUGUGCUUCUGUCAAACGUUUAUGCUGCUCAUAAUCAUUUUAAAGAAGCAAUUGAGCAAAGGAUCUCUUUAAAAGAGAAGCAGAUGGAAAAAGAACCUGGAUGUAGUUUGAUUGAAGUGAAUGGAGAGAUUCAUGAAUUUGUUGCCGGGGGACGCCUGCAUCCAAGAUCCAAAGAUAUCUACCAUGCAUUGGAUGAUCUGGGAUUGGCGUUAAAGGAGAUGGGAUAGGAUUAAUAUGAACGAAUUAAUUAUUCUUUCUAGUGGAUUAUAUCAUGACAGAAAAUAGGUUCUUCCGGUUCCCAGAAGUUCAGUAUUUCUCUUGUUCAAGGUGGAUGAACUCCACUGCAACUCAGGGUUGAAAGAUAGAACAGAUCUGGUCAUCAUCGAAUGAGUAACUCUAGACUGAUGGAAAAAUAAGAGUUCAUGCCAAGCAGAACAGAGAAGUGCUUUUACAAGGAAGCCUGAACACAUUAGUGAAAUGACACAACAUCGAAGAAUAUUAGGAUUUGCUAAUAUGAGGGGCUAGAAGACUUGCUGCUAAUUAGGAUUUUGACGUGGUUCGCCCUGGUGCCCAAGAGUAAAUCUCGGGGGUCACGGCACCAUUG